CGGGGCUAAGUCUUCCCUCACGUGGGGCCUGUGAUCACCGGGGGUGCAUCCAGGCAACUGCGACCAGUCAGCCGAGAAAAGGAGUAGAGAGAGAGAGAGCCCAGAGUGUGGGCGAGGAUCGACGGUUUUGAGCUCUAACGGCUGCCGCCCCCUAGAAGCAACCGAAGCGCAAGCACAUUCCCCAGUCAGAGCCGCUGUAGUAAACACAUUUCAGAAACGUGAGGUGCCGGUGGUCACGUGGUGAGCGCGCCCUCCAAUGAGGAGCCGGAGGCGGGGCCGGGGCCUCUGACGCGGUGGUGGCGGCGGAGUCACCCGGGCCGCCUCGGGACCGGUCACCCGCCGGCAACCGUCCAGCGGCCUGGACCACCGCCUCCGCGCUCCGCACUCACUCCCGUCUCUGGGCCGAGAGGCAGCGUGGCCAACAGUGUCCGGAUCUUCGCUCAUCCCUCUCACGGGCUCGCCUGGGGCGGGCCGCUUUCUGCUCAGGGGCCGUCUCGGUGGGGUGAGGUUUCCGUGACGAAUCUCCCGGGGCUGCGGGUGCGGCCUCGGGUUGUCGUGGAGGCUUCAGCGCUUGGAACUUGCUCACCCUCUGAUGGUCCGAGGACCUGGAAGUUAUGCGACUCGUCCAGGCCGUUGCGACGGGCGCCGGCUCCUAAAGGGCGUCACACCCGGACUCCACUGACUGGGCAACCACCCUUCAUCUUCCAGCUGCGCCUCCAGCGCCCUCUCCCUCUCUGGUCCCUUCCUCGGACUCAUUUUUUCCUCUCCCGGCUCUGCCGCCCAGUCCUUACUCCUUCGGCCGCGGCGAUUCUCCUGGAGGCGGAGGAGGCAGGGAUGAGCCGGACCCUCGUCGCUUGAAUCUCUCUGUGGAGGAACUCGGCGGUGGCCGCCCGCCCGCCGCGCCGCCGGGAUGGGGGUGAACGCCGUGCACUGGUUCCGAAAGGGGCUCCGGCUGCACGACAACCCCGCCCUGAAGGAGUGCAUUCAGGGCGCCGACACCAUCCGCUGCGUCUACAUCCUCGACCCCUGGUUCGCCGGCUCCUCCAAUGUGGGCAUCAACAGGUGGCGGUUUUUGCUUCAAUGUCUUGAAGACCUUGAUGCUAAUCUGCGAAAAUUAAACUCUCGGCUGUUUGUGAUCCGUGGACAACCAGCAGAUGUGUUUCCCAGGCUUUUCAAGGAAUGGAACAUUUCUAAACUUUCAAUUGAGUAUGAUUCUGAGCCCUUUGGAAAGGAGCGAGAUGCAGCUAUUAAGAAACUGGCUACUGAAGCUGGAGUAGAAGUAAUUGUACGAAUUUCACAUACGUUAUAUGACCUAGACAAGAUCAUAGAACUCAAUGGUGGACAACCACCUCUUACUUAUAAAAGAUUCCAGACUCUCAUCAGCAAAAUGGAACCGCUGGAGAUACCAGUAGAGACAAUUACUUCAGAAGUAAUAGAAAAAUGUACAACUCCUCUGUCUGAUGACCAUGAUGAGAAAUAUGGAGUCCCUUCACUGGAAGAACUAGGUUUUGAUACAGAUGGCUUACCCUCUGCAGUAUGGCCAGGUGGAGAAACUGAAGCACUUACACGUUUGGAAAGGCAUCUGGAAAGAAAAGCUUGGGUGGCAAACUUUGAAAGACCGCGAAUGAAUGCGAAUUCCCUGCUUGCUAGCCCUACUGGACUCAGUCCUUACCUCCGAUUUGGUUGUUUGUCAUGUCGACUGUUUUACUUCAAACUAACAGAUCUCUACAAAAAGGUAAAAAAGAACAGUUCCCCUCCCCUUUCCCUUUAUGGGCAGCUAUUAUGGCGUGAAUUUUUCUAUACGGCAGCAACAAAUAAUCCACGCUUUGAUAAAAUGGAAGGAAAUCCCAUCUGUGUUCAGAUUCCUUGGGAUAAGAAUCCUGAGGCUUUAGCAAAAUGGGCAGAAGGCCGGACAGGUUUUCCAUGGAUUGAUGCCAUCAUGACACAGCUUCGUCAGGAGGGUUGGAUUCACCAUUUGGCCAGACAUGCAGUUGCUUGCUUCCUGACACGAGGUGACCUGUGGAUUAGUUGGGAAGAAGGAAUGAAGGUAUUUGAAGAAUUAUUGCUUGAUGCAGAUUGGAGCAUAAAUGCUGGAAGUUGGAUGUGGCUGUCUUGUAGUUCCUUUUUCCAACAGUUUUUUCACUGCUAUUGCCCUGUUGGCUUUGGUAGGAGAACAGAUCCCAAUGGAGACUAUAUCAGGCGUUAUUUGCCUGUCCUGAGAGGCUUCCCUGCAAAAUAUAUCUAUGAUCCCUGGAAUGCACCAGAAGGUAUCCAAAAGGUAGCCAAAUGUUUAAUAGGAGUUAAUUAUCCUAAACCAAUGGUGAACCAUGCUGAGGCAAGCCGUCUGAAUAUUGAGAGAAUGAAACAGAUCUACCAGCAGCUUUCCCGAUAUAGAGGACUAGGUCUUCUUGCAUCAGUGCCUUCUAAUCCUAAUGGGAAUGGAGGCCUCAUGGGAUAUUCUCCUGGAGAAAAUAUCCCAGGUUGUAGCAGCAGUGGAAGUUGCCCUCAAGGGAGUGGUAUUUUACAUUAUGCCCAUGGAGACAGUCAGCACACCCACCUGUUAAAGCAAGGAAGAAGCUCCAUGGGCUCUGGUCUCAACAGUGGGAAACGUCCUAGUCAGGAAGAGGACUCGCAGAGCGUCGGUCCUAAAGUCCAGCGACAGAGCACUAAUUAGAAAACAUUCGGACGAAUACUGUUGCAGCUGAAAUUGGUGGGGAGUUCAUUACUCUUUUCAGUUAAAUUAUUUUAAAAUGUUCUUCAUUGAUGGAAAGCAGUUGCUUCUAAUGACAUUUCUGUGGUUUUUAACUUUUUAAUGAAUUUCACGUAAGGACACAUGGUAAUUUGUAUAUAAAGAACUUGGUAAAAGAAUUUGCUUAAUGUAAAUAUGGUCACAAUUAGUAUAGACCCAUCAAUAUAUUUUUGAUAAUUUUUCAUGUAUGGUAAAAGUUCAAGUGGCAAACUGAUAUUCUGAUAUAAAAAUCAAAGUUUUGAGAGUUGAUGUGGGAAAAUAGGAGGUUUUUAGACUUUCUAAAAGACUUUGUUAAAAUUUUCUUGACAUCAUUGUUUGCUCUAACUUUUCACUCUUUGAUAAUAAUGUUUUAGAAAAUGUACAUAAUCAAAAUCAGUAGUUAUAGCCUCUGUUAACACAGACAGUAUAUGUUUUAAAGCUUCAUGUAUGCCUGUUUUGACCAAACUUGUGGGAGUGUCAUGUGUUAAGCUCUCUUUGUCUCCCUUUCUUUGUUCAUUUACAGCUAAAGUUACUUUGUUAUUAAAGUAUAUGCAUAUGUGGAAUCUUG